CAUGUCGUGUGUAAAUCGCUUCCGCUGCGACAGCGGGUACUGCAUCCCAGAGAUCUGGCAUUGCGACAACAAAGUCGACUGCGCAGACGAAUCGGACGAAAAGGACUGCGAGGGCGACGAGAGCCCGUACUAUUCGGCUUAUUGUUUCUCCUUCGAGUUCAAGUGCGUCGGCUCCGGGCUGUGCAUUGACGGCCACCAGCGCUGCGACGACCGGGAAGACUGUGACGACGGCUCGGACGAGGAGGGCUGCGGGAUAUGCAACGAGCCCGACACCUUCACUUGCGGGAACGGGCAGUGCGUGUACGAGAGUCAGAUGUGCGACGACGUGCAGCACUGUACUAACGGGAUGGAUGAGAUCGGGUGCGGGUCCUCGCUGUCGUACGUGUCGUCCUGUGAGGCACCGUCCUUCCAGUGCACCAGUAGCUCCAGGUGCAUCCCAGGGAGUUGGGUGUGCGAUGGAUUCAAGGACUGCGGAGAGGACGUGGAAGACGAAGCGAACUGCCAUCACAUGGUAUGUGACUACUGGAGGUUUAAGUGUGAGAGUACUGGAGGGUGCGCUAUGCCGAGCAUGCGCUGUGACGGCCAGAAGGACUGUCCUAACGGCGAGGACGAGCAAGACUGCGAUAAUUAUCCAGGAUAAAACUCCUAUCAAGACUCAAGAAAGAUACUAUACUCGAUUUCAUCAUCAGAAAUUUAGAAUAAUUCAAUGCUUUCUACCAAAUUCCGCGAUUU